AUGUCUCUCGCCGACGCCACUCGACUUUUAGCCGACCUCGCCGACCAGACGGCGACGCUCUCGCCGACCGGCUCCGAGACUCUGGACGUGGGCGGCUGGCAGGUCUUCGUCACCGACGGGCACGCGGUGCUGCCCGAAGGCAUGACGCACCUGCCGGACCGGGCGUUCCGCAACCGCGCCUCUCUCGUCUCGGUCGCCUUCCCGCGCAGCCUUGCCUCCAUCGGCAGCAGCGCCUUCGAGGGCUGCUCCUCGCUCUCCUCCAUCGACCUCCCUGCCGGCCUCACCGCCAUCAACAACCACACCUUCCGCCGCUGCUCCGCCCUCUCCUCCGUCACCCUCCCCGCCGGCCUCACCUCAAUCGGCAUGGGCGCCUUAGCCCACUGCUCCUCCAUCACCACCGUCACCUUUCCCGCCGGCCUCACCUCCAUCGGCCCCAGCGCCUUCCACCUCUGCUCCUCUCUCACCCGCGUCACCUUCCCUGCCGGUCUCACCUUCAUCGGCGAGGCCGCCUUCUUCCGCUGCUCCUCUCUCACCCGUGUCACCUUCCCUGCCGGCCUCACUUCCAUCAGCUGCGCUGUCUUUUCCGGCUGCUCCGCCCUCGCCCGCGUCGCCCUCCCCGCCACCCUCACCUCGAUCGGCGACUGCGCCUUCGACGCCUGCGAGGCCCUCGGCUCCGUCACCUUCCCCGCCGGCCUUACCUCCAUCGGCGAAGCCGCCUUCGAAGGCUGCUCCACCCUCGCCAACGUCACUUUGCCAACCACCUGCGAGAUCGGCGACGCGGCCUUCGAC